UAAACCAAUGAAAGGGCAUUCAUGUCAAGUUAAAGUGUUAAAACAUGUUGCUUAAGUCUAUAAAACAGAAGGACUGACAGUAGCCUAUACGUUAGGCGAGCGCAGGUGUGCCUGCGCCUGUUUGGAACUGUUUUGGUAUGACGCACUACACUCUGAAAUGUAUCUUAGUGUAAUGAAAAUAUCGCAUCCUGUUUGUUUUCUAUAUGUAUGUAAUGUUAUGGUUUCCUCUGUGUGCUGUUGUAUCCCAUAUAGGGCAUGGGGGUGUAAACCAGCUAGGGGGGGUGUUUGUGAAUGGCAGACCCCUACCUGAUGUUGUGAGGCAAAGAAUUGUGGAGCUGGCGCACCAAGGGGUCAGACCUUGUGACAUCUCCAGACAACUCCGGGUCAGCCAUGGUUGUGUCAGCAAAAUCCUUGGCAGAUACUAUGAGACCGGCAGUAUUAAACCCGGAGUUAUCGGGGGCUCUAAACCAAAAGUGGCAACUCCCAAAGUUGUGGACAAAAUUGCAGACUACAAACGGCAAAAUCCAACAAUGUUUGCCUGGGAAAUACGGGAUCGACUUUUGGCCGAGGGUGUCUGCGACAAUGACACUGUACCUAGUGUGUCAUCCAUCAACAGGAUUAUACGGACCAAAGUUCAGCAGCCUUUUCAUACAUCGCCGGACGGAACAGGAACUCCCCUCAGCACCGCAGGCCACACCAUAGUCCCCAGCACUGCCUCACCCCCAGUGUCCAGUGCCUCGAAUGACCCAGUCGGCUCCUACUCUAUCAAUGGCAUUCUGGGAAUCCCCCGUUCCAACGGAGAAAAGAGAAAACGAGAGGAUGUUCUCUGGAGUGGCAACCUGGAUGGGAGGAAAAUAGGAUAUUAUGGUUCUGAUGGGUCGGGGCCAAACAGCGAUUCUCAGGGCAGCGUGGAGAGUUUACGGAAGCACCUGAGGGCGGACGCGUUCACCCAACAGCAGCUGGAGGCUCUGGACCGGGUGUUUGAGCGGCCAUCUUACCCAGACGUCUUCCCCUCAUCGGAGCACGUCAAACCAGAGCAGGCUAACGAAUACUCACUACCAGCACUGAACCCCGGACUGGACGAGGUCAAGCCCAGUCUGUCGACCAGCGCCAGCUCUGACCUGGGCUCCAGUGUGUCACAAAGCUACCCUGUAGUGACAGGUCGUGACAUGGCGAGCACCACUUUACCGGGAUACCCUCCCCAUGUACCCCCCACCGGCCAGGGCAGCUACCCCACUUCAACCCUUGCUGGAAUGGUGCCUGGAAGUGAUUUUUCUGGAAAUCCGUACUCCCAUCCACAGUAUACAACAUACAAUGAAGCAUGGCGGUUCAGCAAUCCAGCAUUACUAAGUUCCCCUUAUUAUUAUAGUGCCGCAUCCCGGGGCUCCGCGCCGCCCACUGCUGCCACUGCGUAUGACCGCCACUAGUUACCAUGGAAACCAAAUCAAACUGAAGGACCAUGGCGGAGGCCUCCAUAUCGCACCAGUCUGAAUGGUGUUAAAGACAAAGACAAUGGCUCCAAAAGUAACCAGUUCAAGGGGGAAACCGCUGGAUCAAGGGGAUCAGCUGAUGAUGGAGAUCCACACCCACUGAAGUCCCCUCCCCGGACCUGCAGAGCACUCAAAACAUCAGGCGCCGUUCUCGUUUUCAACGAAGACCUGACGAUUUCCACAGGGAACUUUG